AUGAUGACUUCUGCAUCAACAAGUAAACAGAUACCUUCCAUAAGUGACAUUUUAGCUGAUACUGGUCAAUCAAAUAGGAAAAGCAAUAUCACAAACAAUAAUAUAAGUCAUAACAAUCCUAAUAUAAAUCCAAAUGCUCAAAUAUAUCCCUCAAACAGCCAACAACAAGGUCCUUACCAAAAUCAACAUCAACAACAUGCCCUACCACAUUCAUCAAUGGGUUUACAAACACAACCUCACCCAUCACUACUACAUCAACAAUCCCAUAUACAGCAUCAGCAUCAGCAACAAACUCAACCCGCACAAUCUCAAAAUUACCAUCAUGGUUACCAGCAGCAUCAGCACAACACUCAAAUCAUGAGUAACAAUGAACAAAACAAUGGAUCUAAUUCUUCACCUACAGAAAUUUCUUCAAAAUCUAAUGAUCCACCACGAAAAAGAUCAAAAAUUUCAAGAGCUUGCGAUGCAUGUAGAAGAAAGAAAAUAAAAUGUAACGCAGAAUUUUCAACUACAUUGAACGAAGUGACUCAAAUUUGUAAUAAUUGUCAAAAAAAUUCAGAAGAAUGUACAUUUUCUAGAACCCCAUUGAAAAGAGGUCCCUCUAAGGGGUAUUCAAAAGACUCAGAGGAGAAUGCCAAUACGAAUGAAGUUUCAUAUCCAUGUUCAUCACAACAAGCCAAAGACACCCCUCAAAAUAAUUUACCAUUCCCACAAAUAAGAUCUACAUCACAUCUACAAACUCAGUCAAUUCCAUCUUCAUCAACCAUAAAGUUACCACCUUUGGUCGGGUAUGCAGCGAAAAACCUUUCACCUGCAGUUCAAAAAUUAUCAAUAGAUUCGAAUCCAUCAAGUCCUCAAAAUCCUCAAUUCAACAACAAUAAUAAUAACAACAGCAACAAUAACAGUCCCCCAAUUCAAGGUCCUUUCUGGAAAGUGCCUUACGAAAUGCCGCAAUCAACAAGUUCUCAUCGUUCGUCAAUAAGUAGUGUGACUAGCACAGGUCAAUCCAUGCACAAUCAUCGCAGAAGAUCAUCCUCCAUAGACUCAUUAUCAUCAACAUCAACUGCUGGUAUGAGAAUCCCAACUAUAAAAAACAUUAAUUCAAAUGAAUUUCUAAGCGAUAGUGAAUCAGAAGAUUUUUAUUCCAUCAAAUCACAUAAUUCCCAAAGACCACUGAUAGUUAGAAACAAUUCCCAAUCAAUAUCUCCAAGAAACUCAGUAACUUCACUAUCAAGUUUGAAUGGUAGAAUGAAUAAGUCUCUUCUUUUACAAGCUCCUUCAUCUCCUUUAUCAACAGGAAAUAUAAGUGGUAUUCCUACUCCCAAACCACCUCAAUUACAAUUUUUAUCACCACAUGGUAUAACUCCUCAAUUUACAACGUCACCAUUAAAUAUGUUAAAAGCAGAUUUGGAAAAUUAUGAAAAAAACUUUGCACCAUCGUUUCCGAUAAUACCCAUUACUUCAGAAGAAUUGAUUGCAAUAAUUCAAACUAUUGGCGUUGAAGUACCUGCGGAACAAUUAGUUGAAGUGUUUCAUAUGUGUUUGAGUGAUUUAUUAAAUUUUAAAACAAUUGAUGAGUUUUCUACGAUUUCCAUGUUUUUUAAAUUACAACAAUUACAACAACACUCAAAGAUUAAUAAGAAUUCAUCAUUCAUGUAUGCAUUAUCAUUGGUGUUACUAAAUUACAAUUUAUUACUAAAGGGAGGCUAUUAUUCGUUUGGCCUUGCUAUGGGGAGUUCAUUUUUGAACGAGUUAAAUGCAAUAGAUCAUGUUUUAUUAAAUAAUGAACAAGACUUAAAAUUUGCAAAACUUUAUUAUUACUUGGACUUUAUUGAUACUAUUGCAAGCUUGAAAGCAGGUAUUUCAAAGUCUGUGUCAGCAGGAAAUUUAUCUGAAUUUGUUUCAUUAAGUGAAUAUAAACUUCCAGAAGUGGAAUUGUACUAUGAUCUUAAAAACUUGACUGAUAUUAAAAACAAAAUCAUUUUAUCUUCACCUUCAUCAUUGACAUCAUACACAAACCAAUCAAAAAAUAUUUUUGCAGUUCAGUUUUAUACGCUCAUCAAUGAAAAGUAUCAACUAUUUAAAAUCCUAUUAAACCAUCCAGAGCAACAACAAAUAAUUCAACUGGUUGAAAAGCUAGCACUGACGAUAUUAAAUUUUGCAAAUUAUUUAAGUACAUCAACAAUGGAAGAAAGAAAUUUAAUAUCACCAAUUUUAAAUAUCGCAAUAAUUCAAUUAUUUUGGUUACUUAAAUUUUGUAAAAUAGUAAUUGAAAAUUUUACAAUUUCAAAAUCAAAUGAAUUACAAAUUAAAAAGAUUUUCCAUGAUUUAUCAAUUUCAUUUAGCUUAUUGAAUUUAAAUUUAACAAAUUUACCAAUUGUUGAAUAUGUGAUUAAAUCAAUUAAACAAUCUAUAAUUGAUGAUAAUUUGAAUUUUACAGUUCCUACUAUUACUAAAGACGUAGGAAAGGAUUGGAUUAAUACUAAAAUUGUGCCUGUAAUAAGGUCUGAUCUAUUGAGACAAUGA